UGCCUAUUUUUGUACGAUGAGCAGUCAAAGUGAAAACAUUGUUUCAGAAGAAAGCAGUAGCGAACUCUCUGAAUAUGAAGACCCAGAAGAUUACCGAAGAGGCGGUUAUCAUCCUGUGCAAAUAGGAGACUUGCUUUGUCACCAACGCUAUGUCGUUGUGAAACAGUUGGGCUGGGGACACUUCUCAACUGUUUGGUUGUGCUACGACCAAAGAAAGGAAAUUAUAGCUGCUGUGAAGAUACAAAAAAGUGAAAGUCACUAUACAGCUGCAGCGAAAGAUGAGAUAAAAUUGCUGUCUCGUAUUUCAGAGAGAGACCCUAACCAAGAACAGCCUGUCCUCCAUCUCCUGGAUCACUUUGAAGUUGAAGGCCCGAAUGGGAGACACGUUUGUUUAGCUUUUGAAGUGUUAGACCGCAGCUUAUUAUCACUUAUUAGAAGAUAUGAACACAAAGGAGCUCCUUUGCCUUUGGUUAAGAAGCUAUCUCUCCAACUUUUGCAGGCCUUGGCAUAUAUCCACGAUAAAUGCGGCAUCAUUCAUACCGAUGUAAAGCCCGAAAAUGUUCUUUUUGUUCCUCCUCAAGAAAAGUACCAAAGCCUUCGAGAAAAAGCUAUUGCUUUGGUUUCAAAGGAAAAGGAAAGAAUGGCAUCUUUGAAGCCCUCUCCAUCGGAACUAGAAGCUCUGUCGAGGAAUCAAAAGAAACGACAUAAACACAAGCAAAAGAUGCGUAUCCGCAAGGCAAGACAAGAAAUCACAUUGAAUAUGGCAGAUAAACGGACAGGUAGCAAUUCUACGGAAAGAUCAAAAGGUUCCGAUAGAGAUGAAAUAUUCCAAUAUGCAUGCGUGAAACUGGCAGAUUUUGGCAAUGCUUGUUGGUUGGAGAAACACUUUAGUGAAGAUAUUCAAACUAGACAAUAUCGAAGUCCGGAAGUUCUUCUUGGUUAUGGUUAUGAUACUUCUGCUGAUAUCUGGAGUGCAGCUUGUGUUAUCUUUGAGUUGAUAACUGGAGACUAUCUGUUUGAUCCUCAAUCAGGGAAACGCUAUAAUAGAGAUGAAGACCAUUUAGCGUUGAUUAUGGAACUUGUUGGUCCCAUUCCAAAGCAUAUGUUGCGAAAAGGAAAAUAUACCGACCGAUACUUCAAUAGGAAGGGAGAACUGCUACAUAUUAAGCGCCUUCAUAUGUGGCCUUUACAAGAUGUGCUCAUUGAAAAGUAUCAUUUUGAAAAGGAAGAAGCUUUUCAAAUUGCAGAAUUUCUUUUGCCUAUGUUAGAGGUGGACCCUGUGAAGCGAAUCAAAGCUCACAAUGCGUUGAAGAGUGGGUGGCUUGACAGUAACUCUGGUAGAAGAGAAGAUAGAGGUGACAUUUAUAAUGUAUAUAAAGACGAAGCAGGUGGGUUAUGACAAAGGAAGUAGGACAUCAAGAACAUGAACGUU